GGAGCCGCCGCCGUAGCCGCAGACGGUUUGCUGAGCCCGUUACUGCCCCUGGCCAAUACUCGCGCCGCCGUCGUGUCCCGCUACCUGCGCCCCCCCAAUACGUCUCUGUUCGUCAGGAACGUGGCCGACGACACCAGGUCUGAAGAUUUACUGCGUGAAUUUGGUCGUUAUGGUCCUAUAGUCGAUGUGUAUGUUCCACUUGAUUUCUACACUCGACGGCCAAGAGGAUUUGCUUAUGUUCAAUUUGAGGAUGUUCGUGAUGCUGAAGAUGCUUUACAUAAUUUGGACAGAAAAUGGAUUUGUGGACGUCAAAUCGAAAUACAGUUUGCACAGGGAGAUCGAAAGACACCAAAUCAAAUGAAAGCCAAGGAAGGGAGGAAUGUGUACAGUUCUUCGCGCUAUGAUGAUUAUGACAGAUACAGACGUUCUAGAAGCCGAAGUUAUGAAAGGAGGAGGUCAAGAAGUCGGUCUUUUGAUUACAACUAUAGAAGAUCUUAUAGUCCUAGAAAUAGACCGACUGGAAGACCACGGCGUAGCAGAAGCCAUUCCGACAAUGAUAGAUUCAAACACCGAAAUCGAUCUUUUUCAAGAUCUAAAUCCAAUUCAAGAUUACGGUCCAAGUCCCAGCCCAAGAAAGAAAUGAAGGCUAAAUCACGUUCUAGGUCUGCAUCUCACACCAAAACUAGAGGCACUUCUAAAACAGAUUCCAAAACACAUUAUAAGUCUGGCUCAAGAUAUGAAAAGGAAUCAAGGAAAAAAGAACCACCUAGAUCCAAAUCUCAGUCAAGAUCACAGUCUAGGUCUAGGUCAAAAUCUAGAUCACGGUCUUGGACUAGUCCUAAGUCCAGUGGCCACUGAUAGUAUAAACCAUGAUAAUUUUUAGGCAUGUAUCAUUCAUUUACUCAUAGUUUGGUAUACUUAAAUUAUCGGGAAUACAAUGUUGCAAUGAUGCGUAAAAAACACUUGUUAGUUUUCCCUGUACCAGGCAAUGGUUAUAAUUAAAAUGAUAUGCUGUUGAGAAGCCA